UGUGUGUGUGUGUGUGUGUGACGUCACGUGGACAGUAAUGGGUUUGCAGCGCGCGUUGCUUGCUGUUGCAUUAUUGAUGAAAGACUCUAUGAGACGCAGGCAAACCGGCAGCGCGGCACAUGGCCUGAUGACAUCAUGCUCCAGUAUCACUCCCCUCCCUCCCCAGCCCUUUCUUUUCUAUUCUCCGUCUUUCUCAGCUUCUUCCCUCACUCAUUUCUCUCCCCUUCUCUUUCUCAAUCCCCCCUUCGCUGGAGCUCACCACAUGACCCGUGCUACCACCUGGAUGGGCGUGCACGCCACUGCCUAUCCGAUUUUAUUAACGCUGCCUACGGGGUGCCUGUACAGGCUGAAGACCUGCAUCAAGGGGCUGAGAGAAACAUCAGCACACUAACUGACCUCCAUAAUCCCCAUAAUCUGACCUGCUGGAAAGCUCCAGAAGGUUCAGUCACCAGGAAUUGGACCUUUACCGUUCCAUUAGGCAGACGUUUUGAGGUCACAUACAUCAGCUUACAAUUCUGCCAGCAGGUGGAGCCCACUGAUCCUUUCUCCAUUUCUAUUCUAAAGUCAAUGGACUACGGUCGUAGCUGGCGUCCCCUGCAGUACUACUCCAGCGACUGCAUGGGGAGAUUCGGCCUUCCCGCUCAGUCUAUCGCUCAUAGCAGACACCAGGAGACUGAGAGUCUGUGCUCGGAUCCAAGGCCCUUGCAGAAACACCGUGGUGGGGUUGUUCUGGCUUUUUCCACUCUAGAUGGACGUCCUUCCUCCUCUGAUUUCGAAUACAGUCCAGGCCUCCAGGACUGGGUGACUGCCACUGAUAUCAGGAUAAUAUUUCAUCAGUUACAGGGAAAAUUAGUCAAGCAAGACAAGAAGCCAGAUGAAGUCGGUGAGGUUCUUAAAUGGCCACUGAGAUCAUUUGAUGAAGUGACUCAAAAUGAAAAACAAAGAACAGAGAAUGAAUGGAUUAAAAGUACUGAAAUAAGGAGACACAGGAAAGAGGAAAAGCUAGAAAAAUUAUCAAGAAGAAAUCGCAACAAGAAUUCCUCCCAAGAAACCGGACACAAUGUGACCCGCAAACAGACUGAGAUUCGAGAAGGCAGAGCGAAAGGACGAGGCCAUAAGAAAGAGACAUCUCAGUGGAAGCCAUGCCAGGAUGCUGUGUGUGAUUGGAUGAUAGAAAAGCAGGGCCAAAGCUCUAAGAGGAAGGAAUUGAGGAAAAGGCGAAACAAUGCAGGACGUGAAAGAUCUCGCUCCAGAUUAAGAAAUAAAGUUCUCCAUCACCGCACACCAUCCGCUCUCUCAACCCCGCCCACACUUCCUCUUGCUCUCUCUGAUAUCCAGGUGGGCGGCAGGUGCAAAUGUAAUGGCCAUGCAUCCCGUUGUCGUCGUGAUGACAAAGGUCAUGCAGUAUGUCAAUGUGAACAUCACACAGCUGGACCAGACUGCGAUGUCUGUGAGCCGUUUUAUUAUGAUCGGCCAUGGCAACGCGCCACACCCUCCCAGCCACACCCGUGCGUCCCAUGUCAGUGUAAUGGCCACUCCAAUAAGUGUAGGUUCAGUAUGACACUGUUCCAGCAAUCUGGCCGGGUCAGCGGAGGAGUGUGUUUGAAGUGCAGACACCAUACAACUGGACGCCACUGUCAGUUGUGUCAGAAUGGAUACACACGUGACCACAGCAUGUCCCUCAACCAUCGCAAGGCCUGUCAACCGUGUCAGUGCCAUCCUCUAGGCGCAGUGGGCAUAUGGUGUAAUCAGUCUACGGGCCAAUGUCUCUGCAGAGAGGGAGUUACAGGACAAAGAUGUAACCGCUGUGCCCCAGGAUACAAACACGGCCACUCACCCCUCCGGCCCUGCAUUCGCAUCCCAGAAGCUGUUCCACCAACCCCAGUUUACCAGCCCCAAUAUAGCAUAGCUGAGGAGUGCCUCUCUUAUUGCCAGCCUUCUCUAGCCAAAGUAAAAAUGAAUUUAGAGACAUUCUGCCUCAAAGAUUAUGUGCUUAAGGUUCAGGUUAAGGCUAAGGAGCGCUCUGGUCCAUGGUGGCAGUUCUCAGUGUGGGUGCAGUCUGUUUUCCGUGUUGGAUUGUCACAAGUUAAAAGAGGUCUCCAGACCCUCUGGAUUCCUGAUCGUGAUGUCAGCUGCGGUUGCCCCACCCUCCAAGUGGGCAGGACAUUCCUCUUGAUUGGUGCAGAGGAAAACAGGAGAGGCUGGGCCCCAGGAGAGAGACGACUGGUUGCCGAUCGCUCCACCACGGCCCUACAGUGGCGAGAACACUGGAAUCCCAAACUAAGGGGAUUUCGUGGCCAGGAUAAUAGGGGGAAGUGCCAUCAACUCACAAACUCCACAACACGGACACACUCACUUUUACACACACAUGAGAAAUACAUCCCACCACAUCUUGAGAACUUUCAGCCUGAGAGGCGGCAUAUAUACCAUCAGAUAUCUUCAAAGUCUGAAGAAACUGCUCCCAACACACAUGAAGAUAGCACACAUACACAGGACAGACAAAGACAGUUUGAUCAUGACAGAGACAAAUUCAAGAAUGAUAAGACCCAGAAUAUUUUGCAGGAAGCACCUCAUCCUCCAUCUGAUUCAACAUUAAAAACUAACCCAUCUAAUGAGCCUCAGCAGCUCCACACAACCAGUUUGCCUACAACUUUACCAGUGCUUUCUAUAACACAUGGACAGGAGGAAGAAAGCUCACCAGAAACAGAAGGUGCACAAUAAACAGAUGAUGGAGUUAGUUAUACACUGCACAAAGAAAUCAUUAGUUCGGCUUUCUACUAGAAACACCACACUUACCCAGUCCUCAAAGCUGGAAGAGACAUUAACACACAGGAUUAGUUUAGCAUGAAUAUAUAAUGAUAUUCAGUCGGUUCAUAGAGAAUCAGGGUUGAUAUUUAUACGAAAGUGCUAUUGAAUUACUCAACAUGUUUUAUCAGAAGAUGUUCAUUCAUCUUCUAUAACAGCAGCUCUGACAAUUAUAAAGUAUCGUCUUUAAUUCAAACAACAGGUUUAUAUUAAGGUGUUCAUUCUAAAACAUUAUCAUUUCACAGCACAGAGACUUGUAUUGCAGACGUUUCACAUAAUCUAGACCUAAUUUUAAAAAAGCGCUGUUAUUUAACAAAAAAAAAAAAGAGGGUUAGUAAGGAGGGAUACUUUAACAUUAAUGGAAGGAGUCUCCAGUGCUGUGCUGUUGUUCCAUGGGACAAUCGUCAGCAAAGGGAACUGUGUACUUUCUGGUUGCUCACUAACAAGACAAGCUUUUAUUAACUUCAAGAGAGGGAGAAAAAGGGAAGCUGAUGACAGAAUAAUAUGCUACAAUAUGAGUGCUAACAAGAACUGACUUCUUUUGCAAAACGUUCAAUGUUGAUCUUUAAUCAGAAAAAGUUGUUAUUGUUAGGAAAUUUCUGUGAUAUUCACAAUGUAAAACUGGAGUGGUAACAGCAUCACACCAUGCGGAAUCAAAUCAACCCCUUCAAAUUUACAAGAAUGCUCUUGUGUUUUGGUUCAAUGUCUCAACAAAUAUCUUGUUUCUUAUUAGAGACCCCAAAUUAGUGGCUGUAUCUGGCAGGCCAGUUAUUUUUUUAAAUGAAUAUUAAUGACAGAACAUUGCACCAACUAUAACAUUGACUAAAGUAGCUUUAUGUGUGCGCAGCAUGUCAAAAAUAGUAAGAGGAAGUUUGGGGAACGAAACUAACUAGGUGUUAAGAACACUCAGAUAGGAGAAGUGGUUGUAUGGGCUUGAUUAAAAUAUCUGUCGUGUGAAAGAAAUUUACUUUCCAUUAUCAUUUCAUAGUCUGAGAAAAAUCGUACAAAGCGUGUUUGUUCUUGGUAAAAAAUUCACUUAGGAAACCAGUUCUGAACGAUUUGACACGUGGCGUUACAAAAAGGAAACAUUUCACCCAGAACAUUUCUUCUGUUUGUCAUGAUUCUAUCUGUAUCAUGUGUGUGUGUGAUUGUAAUCUGUGACGGGUUAGUACUGUAUUACCGUAUCCACCUUGUUUCCUGAGUUUCCUUGGAUAAAGAGGGAAAAUUGUACAGAACAUGGAAAUAAAAUGGAAUUGAAAAUGUAUUCAUAUGUAAAUGGAUAAAAUAUUCAAGAGCUUCUACUUUGCUUUUAAUAGGUGAAUAUAUUGAAAAAGUAAUAACAGUCAGGUUUUGCUCUUAGCACCUAAUAAUAGAGCAGGAGCUUCUUUCCUCAGUCAGCGUUUUAACAGUGAUAUUCAAUUUUGUAUUGAUUCACGUCCACUGUAGGAGUAGUGGAGACUGCAAAUGUUCUACUGAAAGUUGCAGAGACUCAGCUCUUCUUGUUAGCAAUGUACGAGAUGACAAGCACAGUAGUGUUGAUGGCGAAUUUAGACUGUAAGUUGAAUCUUAUGAAACUUGGAACCCUGUUUAAGGGAGUGUACAUAUAUGGAGGUGAGAAUGCUGGACAGACUACAAGACUGCCGAAUCACUCUGUCAUCAUUAAGUGAGAGCUAAAUCCCACUUAGCUCACUCUCGGCAGUCAGCAGAUUUUGUGUAUUGAGUAGGAAACUAUUAACCGGAGUGAAAAUAGAACAACAUGCCCAAUGAAUGAUGUUCAAUCUAAAAAAAAAAAAAAUGCUUGUGUCAUUACAAAAUCUUGGAUGCCAGUGAAGACAUUUGUAUUAAGUAUAAAGAUUCACAUCAGGAUGGGUGUUUCAUUUAAAAGAGAACGACCCUCUGUCUUCAGGCAGUCUUCAUUCUGCUUAUAAUAAAGUUUUCUUAGCAAUAUAAACUUAAAGCUCUUUGCUCCUGACACUACAGAAAAAUGUCUGCUCAAGUAUUACUCUCACACACGCAUGCUUUUACUCCAUGUUCACUAUUUUGUCUAUAUGCCAACUGUGUGUAUCGAAUAACACAUACUUUGCACCAACUGAGCCCCCAAACAUAUACUUGACUAUCAUCAAGUGUGGUCUUUCAAUGGUGUGUUUUCUGUGUUUGAACAAGCAAGAGUGUGUUGCUACAGACAGAUGAGCAUGCCUUAUUACUGACACCUACUUCCACAGACAUAGGGAGGUGUGUGUGUGGGAUAAACACCAUGUUCUGAGCUCCAUGUUUACUGCCUAGCAAGAUGAAUUUUUAUGGGACUUAAAACCUCUAGAGCCAAAGUUCAAUGUGACCUCUCUCUCUCUCUCUCUCUCUCUCUCUCUCUCUCUCUCUCUCUCUCUCUCUCUCUCUCUCUCUCUCUCUCUCUCUCUCUGUAUGACUGAACACUGAGACCAAAAGUUAAACUUCAACAUACUCUUAAAUCUUUCCCACAAUGUUCUGAACACGUACACUCAUGCUCAGACAACCACUCUUCUACUUUAUCCACAGACACACACGUUAGUUCAGGGAACCAGAUACACAUGCGGCUUCUGU